AGCUUGGCACAGUCGUACACGAUGCUGAUAUGUUCGUGAUGGAUACAAACAACUUGCUUCACGUUUCAACCACUUUUCAAGUUCACAGAGCGCUUCCCCCAAUGUCAGGAUAACCCCUAUAAUCUCAGGGGCAACCCGCAAAAAAGAUGGUGGAGCGCUUUGAGCCGCCCGCGUCCCGCCCGGAGGCAAAGGCAAUUCCGGAACAACUUUGGUGCGGUCUUCGAUUCAUUUUCAUGCGGCGCACGUGGGCCCUUCCAAAGGUCAGCCACGCCGCGGACGUCCAACAGGGAGGAAACCAGUGACGUGACGUUCGGCUAAGCUCUGAGGCUCACUCUCACUCUCACUCUCAUUCUCGCUUCUCACUCUCGAGUCUCCCUCAACAGUGAAAGCAUCUGAACCUCACAUGUCCGCGCCCCGUCCCCCUCCCUGAACCUUCUCUUUUUCUGACUACUUUCUUGGAGAGAGUGUGUGGGAGAAGUUACGUGUGGGAGACUCGGUUUUUGUUGUUUGUACAUCAUUUCUUCUACUUCUUGUGUACCUAAUUGGACGUCGUUUCAAAGAACCGAGUCUCGGGCAUAUCCCCCUUUUCUUCAACGGUUCCAACAAGACUUUGCUGCCGAGCCUUGCGGUGGGGACCCUCUCCGUGCCGGUGUCCUGCAGAGCACCGCACCGCGAGCGAGCCAGACAAGGUGCCAGGAGCUCCGUCAUCCGCGUCUCACCCGAGAGAGGAGCCUCAUCCGUGCAUCGCGGACCUCUCGGAUCACACCCCCCCCCCGUCCGCGUCUCUGCAUCUCAGUACAACCUCACUCAUCCCGCUCACUCGCUCACUCACCUCAAACGAGUGUGUGUAUCACUUACUCACUCACUUACGCGUGCCUUGUAUCACACACUCUCACACACACCCCCGCGGUUUAUAGACCGCGGUGUAGCCUCACAAGAUGCGCUUCCACUGCAUGCCCCUCCUCUACGUCCUCUCCUUCUUCCUCCUCGUCUCGGCCCUCUUCUCCGUCCUCCUCUCACUAGCCCCCUGCUUCGUCAAGUCCAAGAACCACUGCUACCGCGGCUAUGAAUCCCACUACUCCUUCGACGUCGACAAGGCCGACCACGCCGAAUGGAUGAAGGCCAUCCCGGACGAGGCCAACCUCACCUCCCUCUCCAUCCCGGGCACCCACGACACCCUCACCUACGACCUCACCAACCAGGUCUUCCAAUGCCAGAACCACAACCUCUCAGCACAGCUGCACGCCGGCAUGCGCUACCUCGACAUCCGGGGCCGCCUCGUCAACGACUCCAUAGAGAUCUACCACGCCUCCAUGUACACGGGCCACUCCUACACGGAGGUCCUCCUCACCCUCUUCGACUUCCUCGACGACCACCCCAGCGAGACCAUCGUCAUGCGCCUCAAGGAGGAGGGCAGGCCCCUCGGCACAAACAGCAUGACCUUCGAGGACGCCUUCAACUACUACCUGCACAACUCCACCGCCACCUCCCCCGGCGCCAAAUCCCACUUCCGCAAGCACAACCCGCGCAAGCCCUACCCGACCCUCGGCGCCCUUCGCGGCAAGAUCUUCUUGCUGCAAAACUUCCCCUCAAAGGGCCCCGAGAGCCCGUACGGCGUCAUCUGGGAGUCGGCCGACAUGGUCCUGGAGGACCUCUGGAUCAUCCCCAGCGUCGAGCAUCUCUACAUGAAGUGGGAGGCCGUCGAGAACGCCCUCCGCCGCGCCGCCACCGCGAAGCCGCACGCUAACCGCGUGCUCUACCUCGCGCACCUGAGCGCCAGCGUCGGCGUGCUGCCCAUCGAGGCCGCGGCGGGGAACCUGAACCGGACGGUGGCCGGCAUUAAUGACCGCACCGGCGACUGGCUCGCUGCGACGGCGGACCGGGGGGAUAGCGGGAUGACGGGUAUCGUGAUUAUCGACUUCCCCGGCAAGGAGCUGGUGGAUCUGGUGCUGGCGCGGAAUAGACCGCUAACGGACCGGAGUGCCGAGUUGUGAAAUGCCCCAAAUGUAGAGCUAGAGUAGACUCUCACCCCCGUGGCGGAUAUUUGUCGUAUAUCAAGCGUAAUACCAUUGUUCUUUGAUACUUCA